AUGUCGUACCAGAGUAAUGCUGCAGGCUCAUCUAGCAACAAUGGUAAUUAUGGUGUUGGGCUUGUUGAGUCUAGUCUCUAUUUCCAACAGAACCAUCAACAACAACACCAAUUAGAACAGCGUUUAGGACAUGUUGAUCCCAAUCUUUUUCUUUAUAAUUCAGAAGUUUCAGAUUCUCCUACCUUUGCUCUUCAACUUGAGAAGGACCGGGAAGAAUUUAACCAGUACAUCAAGUUUCAGGAUGAGAGAUUGAGAUUGAUGCUGCAAGAGCAUAAAUCUCGUUCACUUAACAUCCUGAGGGAUAAAGAUGAAGAAAUUGCAAAAGCUAUACAGAAAUGGGCAGAAUUGCAGGUUUAUCUAGCAAGAUUAGAGUCAGAAAAUCAAACUUUGAAGAUGGUUGCUCAAGAAAAGAAAGAGACGGUAUCAUUUCUGUAUAAAACUUUGGAGGAGAUCAAAGCUUCCAGUAAAGUGGUGGCGAAUGAUGCAGAGUCCGUCUGUGAUGAAGGGAGAGAAAAGAAAAGAUUAGAAGAUGAAGAAAAAGGAGGAAAACAGGUAGAGAGUGGUGGGGUAACCAACUUUGAACCUGAGGUGAUGCUUUGUAAAAGCUGUCAUUCUGGAAGAUCUUGUAUUGUGUUCCUCCCGUGCAGGCACAUUUCUUCAUGCAAAAUUUGUGAUGCAAUACUGGAUGCUUGCCCAGUCUGCAAGAUGCCAAAAAUGUCUAGCAUUGAAACUUGCUUGUUCUAA